GUUUGAGAGACAUUGUUAGCCUCUCUGCAACUAUUUAAACGAAUUUCAUUCUUUAUAGCCUAGAUAAAUUCUUGGUUUUUCUAAUUGUUUCUCAUUUAGUUUCAACCGAAAUGAAUGGUAACUUAACACAGUUAUUGAGAUUAAAAUAUUUGAUUGUACCUACGGAUUUAUUCAAGGUAUUUAAGAAAAAUGAGGAAAUAGCCCUGACAGUUGUCAAUCCUAUUACUGGAAUAAUAUCAAUUUUGGGAAAUAUUCUAAUGCUAAUUUUCCUUUUGGUGAACUGGAAGAAAACUUAUCGAAAUCCCACAAAAGUAUUUCUUAUCAUAUUCAAUGCGAUAAAUAUUAUUUGCGGAAUUUUACUUAUUUGGUUUACGGCUGUAAUGAAAACGAUUAAAGUUAAUGUAAAGAUUGCUCUACCUUCUUUUGCAACUAGUAUUGAAUUAACAGAUAAUUUGGCAACGUAUUUCGGAACUAGCUUAUUUGUCUUAACAAUUACAUCCAUGCUAUUGGCGGUAAUGUCGUUUGAUCAGUUAUUGAUAUGUUUAAAUAAAAGGGAUUUAAAGUUUAAGAUAAUUAAUUACAUUCUGGUGUUAAUAAUAUUCUUAUUAUGCUUGAUGAUCGGUUUAAGAAUAAGAAGUUCUUGUCCUACAAGAAUGUGCUAUAAAGCAAUUGCUCUAUUACUUUUAUUCUUUAGCGGAGAAAUUCUACAACUAAUUAUGAAUGUUAUAACACUAUUGAAACUACAAAGUAACACGAAUAAAGUAAUCAAUGUUCAACCAAUAUCAAAAGCUGAUUCAAUUGAAACUGGUAAAGAUAUGGAGGAAGACGACAAAGAAAUUCAGUCUGAUAAUCUUUAUAUGACAAUAUUCAUUUUAUCAACUUCAAUAAUAACAUUUGUGAUAACUAUACCAACAUGGUUAGCUAAUUUUAAAGUCAUUGAAUCAACUUCAUUACUAAUCUAUUCAUCGGUAUAUAUGAAUUCUAUUUGGAGCCCAAUUCUCUUCCUUGUCAUGAAUAGAAAAUUUAGACAAUUCAUAAACACUCCUUUUAAAAGAACCUCGGAAUAAGGGGAAAUUAUUUCAGAUUUUGAAGUAUACAAUAAAAUACAGUAGAUAUUAAAUGUCACGUAUACAACUGUGGGUGAUUCGUUUAAGAAUAGAAAUCUUGAUUAUUAUAUAUUGUGUGUAAUGGAUAUAAUUUGCCUAUAACAACCAUUUAUCUAUUAUCCAGAAGUACCGAGCGCAUCAACUUUAAUUUUAUGAGAAUCCAAAAAAAAUGAUACAAAGCAGCGAAUGAUUUUUUCUCUCUCUCUCUCUGUCCAAGUGUCUAUUUAACUAAACCUUGAAUCAAAAUGAAACUUAUAUUUGUGACUGUAAAGUUUUGCUGUAUAACGGACGGACUAUUAAAAAUUGUGCACACAUUUAUAUUCUAUGUUGUCUUAUCGCAAAAAUAAAUGUUUUUUAAAGCAGAAC